CCCGCUACCAUGUGCCGAGCGGUGUGUGUUCUGUUCUGUGUCGCCGUGAUCGGUGUUUUCGGUGCCGACGAAAGUAUCGAGGAUGUGGUGCGCGUGUUGCAGAAGCAAAUGACGACGCUUUUGACUCGGCGUCAGGAGGAUUUAAAGUUGUUGGAGUCGUCGCUCAGGCAUAGUUUGGAGAAAAAUUUCGAGCUGUCGGAUCUUCGUAGUGAAGUGCAAAAAUUAAGGCGAGAUGUGAUCGACGCCGGAGGUUACCAGCCGUCGGAUCUGCUCCGCGGAGGGAACCGCGAGAAGAACGAUCACCUGACGAUCCAAUGGCUGGCAGGUAUCAUCUCCGAGAUCCGCGGUGAGGUCACCGAGCUGGCCGCCUCGCUCAACUCAUCGGCCGAGUAUCAGAAGCGUCAGUCCCUCUCCACCGACAUCGAGAUCCUCCAGAGGGAUGUUCAGAGUCUUCGCGCCGACCUGGAAAAUCUCAAAGCUGUUCAGACCAUCAAUUCGGCCAAGCUCAGUGAGCUGGACCAGGAGGUCGAAACCGCCAAAACCCAAAGCCUCAACGCUGCCACCGUCUGCUCAGAG